UAGGGACACUUAUCAGUAUAGUUGUUUGUUGCCCGCAUAGAAAUAUUCUUCAAAACUUCGUGAAACAACACUGUGUAGUUGUGAAUUGUUUUCUGAAAGUGGAAAAAUGAACCUGUGAAAAUGAAUAAUAUUUCUGAGAUGAAUAAAACAGAACAGGAAAAAAUGGAUCGAAAUCCUCCAACAGGAAUGAUGGUCUACAAUUCUGUGGAGGAGAUUUUAGAUAUUCGAGAAAGAAUUUCCACUCGAAUCGACAAAUUCGAAGUAGCAAUCAGAAUAAGGUCAGACUUUCUGAAAGAACAGAAAAGAUAUUUGUACUUCGAAAAAGAAAUCGAUUAUUUCCUAUCAUUGUUAGAUGAUUUGAUUGAUGCUAUUCCAGAAGAAAAUCUUGAUGAUUUGGAUAACAUCCAGGCAAAAAUUUGUAAACACGAGGAUAUUGAGGCAGAAGUGGCUGCUCGUGAAAAUGAACUGAUCAACUUGGAACAAAUAGGAUUAGACAUGAUAAGAAACUUCAAUAAGAAUUCGCCUACUAUAACCAAAAAAAUACACGAAAUGAAGGUGAAAUGGCAAACUCUCCUCGCCAAAUUAACAGACCAAAUAGAAAUUCUCCGUACGAAACAGCACUACGUGGACUACGUCCGCACUUAUGAGAAAAUUUUACGAUGGAUCGACAAGAAAACCAAUUUUCUGACCACCAGAAACCACUUCAGGAGUCUCGGGAGCAUCGAGCAGUAUAUUUACGAUUUUAGUCAACUGGAGAGGAAAGUUUUCAGGAUGGAAACCGAGGUGGAAGAGCUCAAAUCAACGUCUGAUUUCUUCAUCAAAGAUGAGCUUCCGCAAAGCUAUAAUGUUUCCCAGAGAAAAGAGAAGUUGAGUUACAGCUGGGCUGUACUCAAAGACAUCGUUUCAAGCAAAAGAAUCCAACUGAUGGAAUUCAUUCGGGUGCACAAAUUAUGCUGUAGAGUGGAUGAGUUUCUGGCAUGGGUGGCUCAGAAAGAUGCCUUCUUUUCAAACAAUGAUUACGGAGAAAAUUUGGAAGAACUGUUAGUUCUCCUGAAAAAAUACGAGGGCACUGAGAGGAUUCUUGAUGAGCUAGAAAACAGACUCGAUGAAAUCCUAGAAGAACACGACUCUUUAUGCACUAUUCACAGAAUUCACACUGAGGGGAUUCUUGUAGACAAAGGCACGAUUGAACAAAAAUGGCAGGAACUAGAAAUGAAAGCAGUGAAACGAGGGCAACAAUUGAAAGCGCAUUCUAAAAUGCAUAAAUUCUUCAUCGAUAUCAACUGUGCAAUCCAAGCGUUUUGUGAAAUGAAGUCCAUCCUUUCCACGGAACGUCUAACUGAGAAAGUGAAUAACGCCGAAGUCAAUUUACAAAUGCUCAAGAUUUACAAGAAGAUAAUAGAAUCAAGAGAAGAUGAUUUAGAUGAAAUUUGUAGAAGUGGAAACCAAUUGUUGUUGGAUCAACACCGAAUAGGUGAAAUUGCUGAAAAACUAGAAGAACUGAAACACUGGAGGCAAUCAGUAAAUGAUCUUCUGGAAUCACAAGAACAAAGGUUCGGAUUGCUUCUUGGACUUCAAAUGCUUGACCACGACUGCGAUGCAGCAGAUAACUGGUUGGCGCAAAAAGAAGCCUUCCUGGUUCUAGAUGAGGAUCUCCUCACCACCGUUGAUGACGUGCAAGAGGCAAUAGAGAGGCAUGAAGAGUUCGAACAAAUUUUCAAAAACGAGAAAUGGAGAGUCGAAUCUAUCAUUCGAAGCAAAAUUGAACUACCAAUGGAAUUUAAAGCUGAGGCAGAUAAUUUACUGAAAAAACGAGAAGAGUUCAAAUCUAAAUUGAAAUCACUGGAGUUACAAAAGGAAAAAAACUAUAAAUUCUUGAAAGACGCGAUGAAGUUGCAACUGUUCUUCUCUGACUGUUAUGAUGUGGAGAGAUGGAUCAUUGAAAAACUCAAAAUACUGUACAAUGAUAGUUAUAUGGAUGGAAGCAUCAUCAGUAGAAGUAUAGCAUCCCAUAAUUUAUUCGUGAAUGAGUUCACUGAUUAUAGUAAAAUAAUUCAUGCACUUGUGGAGAGAAAAAAGAAAAUGAUCGAGGCAGGACAUUAUGCUGCAUGUGCAGUCGAAAAACGUGUGAAAGGUAUUGUCGAUGCCUGGAAUUCAUUGUCCUUUGAAACGCACGACAAAACACAAAUACUGGAUCGGAUCUUCGAGGCCCAAAUGUUUCUACUGAUUACAACAAAAGUGGAGAUUGAUCUGACCGAAUGUGAAGAGAGACUCGAGAAUCAAUAUGUUUUCCAUGAUGAGGAAAUUUCCAGUGUGUUGAGGGUGGAGAUAAACCUUGAGGAGCUCCAUCGCGAAGUUAAGGCUAUUCAAAGACCUAUCCACAAUAUGCAGAUAACUGGGAACAAACUACUACGGAUGCGCCAUGAGAACUCUAGAAAUAUUGCGAAGAAAAUUAGAAGGUUAACUGGAAGAUACAGAGGUCUUACUUUCAAUACCGAAAGGAAGUUGCGUACCAUUAAAGAAGCUCGGAAAGCUGGUGUACUUUACAUGGAGAUUGAAGAUCAAGUGUCAUGGAUGAAAGAAAAAAUAUCUAGCAUGAGUGUCAUACAUAUACAGUUGGGCCUACUCGAUGUGCAUAAAUUGACGUCAAAGUACAAAAUAAACAGUGUCCAGAUGGACAUCCGUGAAAAAGAAAUAAAAAACAUGAAAAAAGCGGCGAUUCAAAUGAUCACAACCAAUCAUUAUGACAGCCAUGAGAUCCGUGUAAGAAUGAGAAUUUUACUAGAUACAUGGCGUCAACUGAAGGAAAAAUAUGAACAGUUCGAAUUCAAAUUAGAAGAGGCCCGAAGGAUCUACAACUACUAUGCUGAAGCCGAAUUGGACGAAGCAGUAUUGAUAGAAAACCUUUCUAUUAUGAAAAACAAUUAUUUUGGAUUCGACGAAGAUUCAUCUGCUUCGCUUCUGAGGAGACACGAUGUAAUUUUUGACGAUUUAAGAGCGUUUGGCAAGAAAAUUGAGGAAUUGCAGGAACAAGCAGAAAAUUGUAAACAAACGCCUCCACCUGGAUCUUCAGUAUAUCAGGGGGAAUCUGUAGUUAUAGUUGAGAAUCUCAUAGCAGGAAUACCUAACAAACUGUCGUUCAUAAAUAGUGACGCCCAAACGUUGGUCAAACCCUCCGAUCAGAUUUGGUGUGGAAUCAAUCAACAAGAUCAUCAAAAAUACUUGUCUGGAGAUUAUUCGGAUAGGGACAGUGCAGAUUCGAUAUAUUCAGAUUCUGGUUGCCCUGUUCUGAAGAGGCAGGCUGAUUUGCAAAAACUAUAUAAUAAUGUGAUGAAGCUUGCAGAAAUACGAAGAAGAAAUUUGGUAAACACCCAUGAAGCUUUCACUAUUUUGAGGGAAGCUUCACAGUUAAAGUUAUGGAUUGAGAUAAAAGAAGCAUAUGCUCAAGAGGAAAACGUCGGAGAAGAUAUUGCACAAGUGGAAGUUUUGCAGAGAGCAUUUGAUGAUUUCCAAUCAGAUCUGGCAGAGAAAAAGAUCAAUCUCAUAGGGAUUUUAACGAAGACAGAAAAAUUACACCCUUCACUCCAAGGAGGAGAGCUAGCGGAUACUCUCCUGAGCAUUACAGAGGAAUUGAAAUCCAGAAUGAAAAAUCUUCAGGAAUUAGCUAAAAAGAGGGAUCUACAGUUAAGCACUGCUCAUGAGCUACAAAGAUUCUAUAGGGAUAUAUAUGAUGUUGAAGAUUGGAUGCUCGAGAAAGAUAAACAGCUCGAUAAUGAUGAUUGUGGUGACAGUUUGAAGACCGUGAGAACGUUAUUGAGAAAGCAUGAAGGGUUGGAACGUGAUUUAGAUGCGCUAGACGAUAAAAUAAGCCAUUUGGACAGGACUGCCAGGAUUCUCAUAGAAAAGUAUUCUGAAACUGCCAAUGAAAUAGUCGCCAUGCAAACAAGGAUCAGUGAGAAAUGGGAAAAAGUUUCUACAAAAGCAACAUUCAGGAAACAGAACCUCCUUGAUUCUUACGAUCUGCAAAAAUUUUUUGCAGAUUAUGAAAGUUUAAUGUCAUGGAUAAAUAAAAUGAUGCUUGUUUUCAGCAAUGAGAACAAAACAAAUGAUUUUCAAAGUGCAGUACUUCUUAUGAAUAGCUUCGAGAGGGACGUAUCGGAAGUAGAAAAAAAUGAAAUCAGAGUCAAAACAGUGCAAAAGUUUGGAGAAAUGCUCUUGAAUUACAAUAGAAACAUGAGGAAUGUUAUCGAAAACAAACUGGAAUUACUAAGGCUAGACUUCGAAAUAUUGCAGCAAAAAAAAAUUUCCCGACAAAUUUUCUUGCAACAGAAUCUUCAAGUUAACGCUUUCCUAGGAAAAUGUGAAAAGAUGGACUGUUGGUUGAAAGAUAAAGAAAAAAUGCUCAAUACUUCUGGAGAUAACGAAAAACUCGUCAAGAUCCAUAAAAAACUUGAAGAAUUCAUCUUGAAGAAACAAAAAGAAGUUCUAGCUCUCGAAGAAUCAGCACAUAAACUAGUCACCUACUGUCAGGACGAUACAGAAAGGAUUAUGGAUAAGUGCAAUGAAGUUAUUUCGCACUGGAAGAAUUUCAAAGAUGCCCAUUCCACAAAACGUUCAGAGCUGAGGGAAACUCAAACAAUAAAACAAUUUUCACUGGAGGCAGCAGACAUAGAGAAUUGGAUCGACGAAAAAAUCCAGCAAGCACUUCAAGAAACCUACAGGGACCCAGUCAAUAUUAAGUCAAAAUUAGUGAAAUUCAAGGCAUUCCAAGCAGAAAUCGAUGCCAACAAGAAACGCAUCGAGAAUGUACUAGACAAUGGGUAUGAGCUGAUGGAAAAUGAGAAAACUGAAAAGCUGCAGGCAGCGGUUCGAAAACGAUUGGAAAAUAUAUCCAGUCAGUGGGAUUUUCUGCAGCAGAAAACCAAAGAAACAAGCGAAAAAUUCGAAGAAGUCUCAAAGCAAUACGAACAUAUCCUUGCUAUUAAAUGUAUCAACUUUUGGAUGGGUGAAAUAGAGACGUUGAUGUUGAAUCAGGAUUUGGGAAAGAGUUUAGAGACUCUGAGGAAACUUCUGGCACAGCAAACGGUGAUAGAAAACGACAUAAAAUCUCAUUGGGCUCAAAUCGAAGAUCUGCAGAAAGAGGUCGAUAUGUUCACGAGUGAUAGUAUAUUCGAUAUUGUGUCUGUGAAAGAAGAACAUAAAUCUCUAAUUGCCCGAUAUGCAAGGAUUGAAGAACUGGCUAAACAGCGACGUACCAGAUUGGAGAAAAAAAGUACCGUUAAUAAAUAUCUCAAUACCAUUGCUAUGAAUGAAACGUGGAUCAGAAAUACUGUUUUAUGGCUGGAUAACAAGGAUCAACCAAUAUUUGAAGUUGACAAGGCUCAACCACUUUAUAGAUGGUCCAAAGCGAAGCACAGAUUACAAGAGCCUAUUGAAGGAAUUCUGUGAGAGGAAAUAUAAUGAGAAAAUCCCCAAUAAUGAAAUGAUUUGAAAAUUACUAAAUGUUUGCUGUUUAUCGUCCAUUUUAUUUUAUUGAUUUAUAC